AUGGCCCAACAUCAGGGCAAUGUGUUGAAUUGGGACCCUGCUGAGCCAGCAGUUCGCACACUCAGAGACUAUGUACUUCCCGUAGUUACUGGAGUACAAUCAUACAUCCAAUUGCCGGCAGUUGCAGCCAAUAAUUUUGAAAUUAAGCUGCCGAUUUUGCAAAUGGUCCAUUCUACUGUCCAGUUUGGUGGACUCCCUACUGAGGAUCCCAUUACACACAUAGCCAAUUUCCUAGAGCUGUGUGGAACUUUUAAAUAUAAUGGGGUCACCGAAGAUGCUAUUAGACUGAGAUUGUACCCGUUCUCACUGCGGGAUAGAGCUAAAAGUUGGUUGGACUCUCUUCAAGCCAACUCAAUCACAACAUGGGAGGCAUUAGCUCUGAAAUUUCUUGCUAAAUUUUUCCCUCCAUCUGAGGCUACAAAGUUAAGAGGGGAAAUUAAUAACUUCUCUCAAUUUGAUGAAGAGUCUCUUUAUGAUGCAUGGGAGAGGUUUAAGAAGCUUUUGAGGAAGUGUCCUCAUCAUGGGAUUGAAAAAUGGAUGCUAGUCCAUAAUUUUUACAAUGGUUUGUGUGGGACGACUCGCACCAUUAUUGAUGUUGCAGCAGGUGGUGCUUUCAUGAGCAAGAGUGGUAAUGAGGCUUAUGAAUUUCUUGAGGAAAUGGCCAUGAAUAACUAUCAGUGGCCUAGUGAACGAGAUAGAAAUAAGAAGGUAGCUGGUAUGCAUGAGCUGGAUGUUAUUACCGCUCUCACUGCUCAAGUUGCAUCAUUGACCAAGCAACUGCAAAAUAAUUCUAUGGCCACUCAAGUCAUGCAAAUCCAAGCGGUGUGUCAUAAUUGUGGUGGUCCUCACCCAUUUGAGCAGUGCAUGGUAGUUGAGAUGAAUAACUCCAUUCCCAUGGAACAGGUGAAUAUGAUGGGAAAUUUCAAUAGGCCUCAAGGAAAUUUGCCAAGUAAUACAGAGGUGAAUCCUAAAGAGCAGUGCAAUGCAAUCUCUUUGAGGAGUGGGAAGAAGUUAGAAGAGCCAGUCAAGAAGUCUAUACCUGCACCAAAAGUUGAUGUUGAGAAUGAUGGUAAGGUAGAAGAAGAGGUUAUUGAAGACCUUGAGAAGAAGCAAUCACCAGAAAUCUUGUCAAAUAAAAAGAAGUUGGAGGAUUAUGAGAUAGUGGCGCUUACUGAGGAGUGCAGUGCUAUUUUGCAGAAGAAACUACCUCCCAAGCUUAAAGAUCCGGAUAGUUUCGCGAUUCCUUGCUCAAUAAGAGACUGUCAUGACCAAGGCCUUAUGUGA